GGAGUAGAAUCGGGAACAUUUGGGCCCUUUUCUCCUCCGCUGCACCCUCAGCUGUGUUCCCGUCGCUGCAGCGGCCGCGCUGGCGUCGCGGGGACCGGGCGAAGCGUUUUGCCGCUCGCUGUUAUGACAGCGCGGGGUGACGGCGGUCCAGACGGUGCCGUGUUUGUUUUGUGUGGCAAAAUGAGGCAGGGGGUGGAGAGUCGCCACAGAGACGCUGGGCUCCAGCCAAACAUCGCCGCAUUUUAGCACCACCACCACUUCUUCUUCUUCUUCUUCUUCUCUCCAUGCAGGGAUUGUGCGCCGAGCUGCGUGCGCCGCGUUGCUGAUCGACCGCACAUCCAUACGUUUGAAAAGACAUCUAUGUUUGCAUGGUGGGAAAUGCAGCUCGUCUGAGGACACCCCCACCUCUCUCCCUCUCCUCCACAUAUCCAUCGCUGCCAUGACAGGCAGAGGUCUCCUCUGGAGCUCGGCUCGGUCGCUCGGAGAGCUGGCACAUUGAUUCGGGACGGCGGGCCUCACAUCUGCGGAUGCCAUUCUGUCUGUGGCUCCUGUGAACGCCAUCCGCGCAAACACUCGGCGAUCGUUGCUCAGGGGGACGGAAAAUAGGGGCAGAGGGAAAACAUGUCGUCUCGAUCUGCGUUACAGUCUGGGAACGACAGGAGCUCAGGAGAACAUCAUGUGCCGCUUGGUGCCAGCCGCUCAGACAAGGCCACCAGCCAGUCCAGCCGCUCUUUGGGUGCCCGGUGCAGGAACUCCAUCGCCUCCUGCUCCGACGAGCAGCCGCACAUCGGCAACUACCGUCUGCUCAAAACCAUCGGCAAGGGAAACUUUGCCAAAGUCAAGCUGGGCCGCCACAUCCUGACAGGCAGGGAGGUUGCAAUAAAAAUCAUUGACAAAACCCAGCUGAACCCAACCAGUCUACAAAAGCUUUUUCGGGAAGUACGGAUAAUGAAAGGCCUAAAUCACCCUAACAUAGUGAAGCUAUUUGAGGUGCUUGAGACGGAUAGGACCCUUUACCUGGUUAUGGAGUAUGCCAGUGGAGGUGAAGUGUUUGACUACCUCGUGUCACAUGGGAGAAUGAAGGAGGUUGAAGCCAGAGCCAAAUUUCGACAGAUUGUCUCUGCUGUCCACUACUGCCACACCAAGAACAUUGUCCACAGAGAUUUGAAGGCGGAGAACCUUCUGCUGGACGCCGACGCCAACAUCAAGAUUGCUGAUUUCGGCUUCAGCAACGAGUUCACGCUGGGGAACAAGCUGGACACGUUCUGUGGCUCGCCACCCUAUGCUGCGCCGGAGCUUUUCCAGGGCAAGAAGUACGACGGGCCGGAGGUGGACGUCUGGAGCCUGGGUGUCAUCCUCUACACGCUGGUCAGCGGCUCGCUGCCGUUUGAUGGCCAGAAUCUAAAGGAGCUGAGGGAGCGCGUGUUGAGGGGAAAGUACCGCGUGCCCUUCUACAUGUCAACCGACUGCGAGGGUAUCCUUCGUCGAUUUCUGGUGCUCAACCCCACCAAGCGCUGCACACUGGAGCAAGUCAUGAAGGACAAAUGGAUAAAUGCAGGGUACGAGGGGGAUGAGCUGAAGCCCCAUAUAGAACCUGUGGAGGACUACAGUGAUCCAGCUCGCAUAGAGGUUAUGGUUGGGAUGGGCUUCACGCCAGAAGAAAUCAAAGACUCUCUGCUCAAUCAGAAAUACAAUGAAGUCACCGCCACCUACUUACUGCUGGGUCGAAAAGGAGACGAGAGCAGUGAUGCUCGCACUGCUAGUACGCUGUCUCUGGCGAGGGUCCGACCCAGCCCCGUUACCAAUGGGACAAACAAGCACUCCUCGGCCACUGGCUCCUCCUCCUCCUCCACCUCCUCCUCUCAUAGCAAGUCGCAGCGCAGCGCCUCCACCUACCACAGACAGCGGAGACACAGCGACUUCUGCGGGCCUUCCAUGCCCGUCAUGCACCCCAAGCGGAGCCCGACCAGCACAGGGGACCGGGAGCUGCGGGAGGGCCGGAUGCCUUCGCGUAAAGCCAGCUGCAGCGUAAUGGGGAGCCACAGCCUUCCUCCCUCCAGCCCGAUGGUCAGCAGUGCCAACAACCCCAACAAGUCUGAGAUCCCAGACCGCCGCAAAGACAUGACGGCCACCACGAAUAACAUCCCUGGAAGCACCAUGACUCGCCGGAAUACAUACGUGUGCACAGAUCGCUCAGGCGCUGACAGGCACUCUCUUCUGCAGAACGGCAAAGAAAACAGUUCUCUGGGCCACCGCUUGCCCACAGCGUCUCCCUCCACGCUCAGCAUGGCUGGAGCGGGGGCAGCUUCCUCCUCUUCCUCAUCAGACCGAUGCCGCCUGACCCGGGGCUCCACCAUCCGCAGCACCUUCCAUGGGGGGCAGCUGAGGGACCGCGGCCCGCCAGUCUACUCUGCCCCGCCCACUUCACCCACCCUGUCCCACCAUGAUGCCAGCCCGCUGCCCCACGCACGCACCAGGGCAACCUCCAACCUCUUCACCAAGCUGACCUCCAAACUCACUCGCAGGGUCAACCUUGACCCGUCCAAGCGCCAGGGCUCAAACAAAUCAGUCUCGGGUUGUACUCUUCCCCAAGGAUCAAAAACAGUUAGGUCACAAAUGAAUCUGAGGGAAUCAGGAGAUUUGCGGUCACAAGGUGAGCUUGCGUCAAAGACGAAAUCAACCAAACACAAUUGCCAUCUACCUGGGUAUCAAAAAGCGCCCGAGCCCCGGGCCGUCGGACGUGGCUGGAAUCUGAGAGGAGGUGGGCGGCGGGACCCUGCGGAGGUGGUACUGGCUCUGCGGGAGGCAGCACUUGGAUGUGGCUGCCAGGUCCACCAUUCCGGCCCCUUUCUGCUCUCCUGCACCCACGGCGUGGCAGGGGGCCGUGUGGCUUUUGAGGCCGAGGUGUGCCAUCUAUCCACGGGCACCUCCGAGACUUCUAACGGGGUGCGCUACACGCGACUUUGGGGGGCACCGUUAGCUUUUCGGGAUAUCGCUACCCAAAUCUCAAAGGACCUUGAACUUUGAGCCAGAGGGAGUGUUUGUGUUUGAGAGUGUGUUUUUGUGUGUUUAUGUGUGUGCGCCAAGUGAAUUGAUGAAGAGAAAGGGGGAUAGAGACGGGGCAAGGGGCUGGACCCUUUCAAGAAUACCCCCCUCUGCAGACACACAUAGACUCACACACACCUGAGCAGUAAGGUAAAGCUGACCCAAGCACCCCACCGUCCACCCAAUCACCGCACCCAGCUCAGCCAGCUGCUUCACUGAGCUACUGCAACCACUGGAUCUGGAUCAGAUGGAAUCUAGUUGAAUAUUUUUAUUGCUACUCUUAGCCAUAAUGACUCUUUAUUUUGUUAUGCUCUGAUCCUUGUUUUUACCCUUUGUCACUACCAUCUCCACAGAAAGAAACACCUGUUGGCUAUCAGACCUCACUGACCACCCACUCCUUUUUUAAGCUCUUUUUAUAUGACAGUCACAUGCACUGUUUCAUUCUGUUUUCCCCCUUUUGAUCACUUACGGACAUUCACAUACAUGAAAACGUGUGAUUUAGUGAUCGGAUGCGCAAAUCUAAAGGGUUGCAUUGCAUUGACUCGUGCACAGUCUGGUGACGACUACAUCGGAUUAAGGUCAAUAACACCCAAUAACAGACUAAUGUGGAGUAACAAUGACCAAAUGCUGAGCCAUUCUAAGUCCAAAAAGCCAAUGUGAAGUUUAUGAAGUGGCGAAGGCAAAGCUUUCCAGUAGACAAACUGAUUCUCACAGUUGGGUAACUUUUUGUAAAAAUACCACAUCACUGUAGUAAUGCAAAGAUUUAAAACAAAACUGCAUUACAUUAUUUAUUACUCUUAAAAGCAUCAAUUCCAUCUUCUGCAGCUAAAGUUUCAUUUAAGAUUUAUUGAUAUGCUAAAGUUUUACUGUCUAUGUAUAUCCAUACAUCCAACUGUGUCCUUGCUGUAAGGGAAUAGAGUAGUAGCCUUAUUUCACCUAGCUGUCUGCCAGUGUGCAGCAAUGGGUAGGGGAGGGACAGCUUUGUUAAUCUGGGCUCCGUUCAGAUAGAUGAAACUAAUAGUACUUUAGACUGUUGGAAUUGCAGCAGUUUUCAAACUGUAGCUUUUUAAAAUCUUUGUUUACCUAGAUAACCAGUAACCAACCUAUGCUUUAUGUGCCAGAAUGACAAACCAAAUAUGUUUUCCUAAAAAAAAAAACAUUACUCAUUCUUAAUUAAUGAAUUAACACUAGGUGAAUGAAACACCAUGUUAGAGUGACCCUGGUGUUCCACCAAACCCAGAAGCGUCACAGAAGUGCUGUGAUGGGGCAGCGGCGUGCCUUUGCCACUGGUUGCUGCAACUCUAAUCAGUCAGAGCAGUUCCAGCCAGCGUGCCACGGUGCAUCUUUGAAGCGUCCCAGAAGUGCCAGCGCUUGCCGCCUCUCUAAAAUACAGGGCUGUUCUAUUUUUGCCGCACCCACUCCACGUAAAUCUAGAGCAGAGCAGAACGUUCAGGCAAGAAGACAGUUGAUGAACAGCAAAGUGAAUCCAGUCGAGGUUAAAAAGUGUGGAUCACAUUUUACAGUGAUACAGUAAUAUGUAAGUAAGCCUAAUGACAAAUGCAUUUUCUCCUCUUGAAAAGUGACUCAUUACGUUCAUUGUUGCCAUCUAAUAGUUGUCAGUCGUCCUUGCGUUUAAUGUCAACAGCUGCUUUUACAACUUGUUGACCAAUCUGAAUAUGGCUCACAUUCUGCCAUUGAAGGUCUCAAACACACAGCCCUGUGGAACACCUGACAGAAUUGUCUUUUGGUAAAAAAGAAAGAAAAAGGAUGACCGAAAAGCAUCAUAGCAAAAACAGUUGUGUGGGAUCAUUUGCAAAACAUUCCCACGUAUAAAUAUGUGAAGUCUGCACCACUGAGAGUGUCAAGGAAAGAAUUAGAAAAGUUGUAAAAAUUGGUUCCCUUCAGAUUUGGGAUUAGUUCUUCUGCUUCAUGCAGUAACUAAUUAUGACUUUCAGACACUACAUUAAACCCUAAGCAAAAUUCUGUUGUUUUACAGAGCUACGCUAUUAAAACAAAAAUGUAUUGGCCAACUCUAAUUGCUUUCAUUUAAAAUAAGAAAUACAAUUCUUACUGCUGCUAAAAUAUCACAAUGGUAUAUAGCUAUGAUAGCGUUAUCUAUAACAUUUAUUACUCUGAUCUGAUGCACAGGCAUAUGGAAGUUGUUAAAGCCAAAAAUCUGUGCCAAACUAUUUCUUGUUCUUGUAAAACUGAUGAAGGCUACACUGUUUCAGCCACAAGUGUCAUAAAAUCUAAAAUCAUUGCCAGAAAAACUGCCAGAGAGCCAGAAGGGUGUCUGAAAAGAUUCAAACAUUUUGUAAACACCAAAACAAUGGUGACAUAACAAGGCUGAUAUAUGGGAGAAACUGCUGCUUAAUUUAGUAGUAGUUAAAAGGUAAACGUGAUUGUUGUGUAGAAUGAUACAUCUAAAUCUAGGUAGCUGUUAUUAGAUCAUUAAAGAACCUCCAUAGUGACCUUUUAUUAGGGUUUUAUUUUACUGACGGUCUCAAAGCUUGUCAGCACUACCUUCAACAUAUUUAUCGGUGUUGUGUAAGAUUCUGUCCCACCUUUCAAUUUCUCUCAACUCAAAUAGUGAUUUGUUGCUUGUUCUUAAAUAGAAAUUGUUUGUUUAAAAGAAAAUCAGUGUUUUACUACAUUAUGGGAUCAGGUGACAAAUCCAUGGAAAGCUGACACAGUCCAUUUGUUCUAAUCGAUUAUCUUGGGGGAACCUACUUUCAUAAGCUGUUGAGUACCGAAAGAAUCAGGGAUCCUGGUUACAGUUGGCUGAAAUGAGUUUCUCCUGCAUGGUGACGGCUCAGCCUUACAGACAGAGUGAUAAACUCCAUCACCCAUGGGGAGCUGAGUAGAGCCACUACUUCUCUGUAUCAAAACAAGGCAGUUUACAAUGUUAUGGCAUUGGAUUCCACCUGGAUUUCUCUGUUUGGAGGUUUUCCAGGCAAUCCCCACUGGGAGGAGACAUAUGGAAGGUGCUGGAGGGACUAUAAUUCCCUUCUGGCCUGGGGAAUGCCUGGGGAUCCCCCCACAAUGAGCUUUCACUAGGGAGCUGGCGCCUUGGAUUCCUUCCAGGAUCCGUCGCCUUCACAAUCCAACCUCAGAUAAGAGGAAGACGAUGGAUGUUUGAAAUCUUUCAACUGAAACCAUCUCCCCAACUUUGCCCUUCAAAGCAGCCUUUCCCCUCAGCAGAAUAACAAAGAACACCACACCACUAGCGCACUAUCAAUGCAAUGCAACUCUUCUGCUGACUCUAUUCUGUGCCAUGUGAUCUCACCUUAUCAUCUCUUAUCAGUGGUAAAAUCUAAACACGGAUCAGCCUAGCAGCAGCACCUAUCACUCCACCUCACCCUUACAUGCCGAGGUCAUGUACUCUCCCAAAUGUGCACCUCUUUAGCCCUGUGGCACAGUAUAAGAACUGCUCAGUCCAUUAUUGACGACUGCGGGGAUCAGGGGGAGUGUUCUGUAUCUGGACAGGCACAAUGGAGGCAAUGUGGAUUCUGUUUUCUUCUUGUUAGUCCAGUUGCCUUUAAAGUGAACACCCCCCAGCGCCUUCAUACAGUACUUAUUUAAUGUAAAAAAGAAAAAGGAAAAAAAAUGAGAAAGCUUUCUAUGCUCCCUCCCUGUUUUUAGUGAACAAUGUACUGUGAUAUUUGCGUAGACUACAGAGGUCAUAUUGUUUGGCUGCUGAUUUACUGUUAAAACUUUCUCUCAGUUGUGGUUUGACUCAUGGUAACCCAAACUAACCAGCCCCAUCCCACCCCCACCUCCACAUGUCCGCACCCAUCAGGAAUUCAGCAACUUCCUCCAUUUAAUCUCAUCUUUCCUUCGCCUUCAUACACAGAGAACUUUUUGUAUGACUCACAGUUAGCAUUUUGGCUUCAUUCCCUCCUCCCUCCCUCCCUCCCACAAGGAAACAAUCAGCCGUAUUUCACUCUGUCAUGUCGUGUGGAAUAAUCUCGGUCCUGUUUGGUGUGUGCUGCUUUUGGGAGUCAAACAGGGGACCCGCCGUCCCCCUCAGGUUGAGAAGCACGCACCAACAUGGACGCCAGGAGUCUGUCCUUGUCCUCUCUCUGGACGGUUUUCAUUGUGGUGUAUAUUAGCAUUAGGUAAUAUAGACCUCAAUGCACUUUGCUUUGACUUGAAUCAGCUCCCUCCAGUGUACCUGUUUAGGUCAUGCCCGGUACUAGUCACUGGAGGGCGCCAAUGUCUUAAAUGUGAAACACUUCAAUUUGUGGAUAUUUGCACAGGUACUUUAUUUAUUUUUUAGAAUAAUAUCAUUAAAAAAACAGGAUUUAUAUCAGUCAGUUGAUGACUGUAUAUAAAAUAUAUGAAUAUAGUAUAUAUCUUAGAGCUCAAGGUUUAUUUAUAGUUAGAUCAAGGGAAGUAAUUCUAGAUUAAAACAGUUUCUGUCAGUGAUUAUGGGGGAGCAAAACCAACCUGCAAUUCUGCAUGACUUAGGAGUUUGGAUUCUAAUGGGGGGAAAAGGAACUUUGAUGCACACCUGGGAUUGGAUGCUUUAUGAGAUGCAGACACCACCACCUUGUACCAACAAAUUGAAGCCCCCCCCCUCCACACGCACACACACACACACACACACACACACACACACACACACACACACACACACACCCUCCCCCUCUCUACAGAAACUAACAGAAGGGCUCCAGUGAGAUACGGUGACUUUCUUCCGCCUCGUCGUUUAACGAUGGAGGUUUAACUUGAAUCCACACCAAUCCUGCUAACGCCAUGACACGUUAAAAAAAAAAAAAAACACGAGUUGCAAGCAAGCCAUAGAAAUGCUCUAUACUACUGGUGUCUGAUCUUAAAUAUGUGUGAAAAAAAUUAAAGAUAAAGAUAACUUGGAGUCACACAACUCGCUAAUAUUGUUUAAUCUGGGCGGGGCAUUGCCUUGAAGUGUGACAGUGUCACCCCAGGAAGAAUUUUUCAAGGAGUAUUUACUGGUGUGAGUUUUGAGGAAGGAAGUCCGGUCUGGCUAUUUGGAACAGAACAGUAUUACGAGCCCAGUAGGCUCAGUAUUUUACACCAACUUCAUUUCUAAAGUAAUUUUCAGAACAGCUGAUGUUAUGCAAAACAGACUACUCACAGUUUGACUCUGUUCUGCUGUCAAAUUUCUUCCCACAUAAACAACAUGAGUUGAGUGGUUGUGGUAUCUGAAGAGAACAUGGCGCUGAAGUUGAAUAAAAUUCACUGAUGUUGGCA